ACUCGCCCCGUUGCGCAUGCGCGGAGACCAUUUCCUCUCUGCAAGCAGAAGGCCCCUCUCUCUUGUUGCCUUACCAUACACACGCACACAAAUACACAAAUAAACACACAUGAUCGACAGGGCGCACACUAGCGUCAAGUCCACGCAGCGUUUGGGAAAUUGUCAAAAAUUCAAACCGCAGCAGCCGAACCUGGAUGCACCCCGCCGCAGUCACCCCUAUGGACCACCGUCGCUAGUUUGUCGCAGCCCGCUUGGUGGACGCUUUUUCUCGGGCUCUGAUGGUACCAACUGAACAGUGAGCGUUACCUGCCUGAGGACACCUGUUGCCCAUUUCCUCUCAUUAUGUCUGGGAUCCACGCACCGUGGUCAACGGGCACUGAGUGCGUAGCCAAGUACAACUUCCAGACGGCCAAUGAGCAGGACCUACCCUUCUGCAAAGGAGACGUGCUGACCAUCAUCGGCGUUACCAGAGAUCCUAACUGGUACAAAGCAAGGAACAUUGUGGGAAGAGAGGGAACCAUUCCGGCAAAUUAUGUCCAGAAGAGGGAAGGCGUCAAAUCAGGAGGGAAACUCAGUCUCAUGCCUUGGUUCCAUGGCAAGAUCACCCGCGAGCAGGCCGAGCGGCUCCUCUACCCUCCCGAGACGGGCCUGUUUUUGGUGCGCGAGAGCACCAACUACCCGGGCGACUACACGCUGUGCGUCAGCUGCGACGGAAAGGUGGAGCAUUACCGCAUCAUUUACCACAACGGGAAGCUCACCAUCGAUGAGGAAGAGUACUUCGACAACCUCAUGCAGCUGGUGGAGCACUACACCAAAGAUGCCGACGGCCUGUGCACCAGCCUCAUCAAGCCCAAGUUGAUGGAGGGCACUGUGGCGGCGCAGGACGAGUUCUCCAGGAGUGGCUGGGCGCUAAACAGAAAGGAGCUGAAACUUCUACAGACCAUUGGAAAAGGAGAGUUCGGAGAUGUGAUGGUGGGAGACUACCGAGGGACCAAAGUGGCAGUCAAGUGUAUCAAAAACGACGCCACGGCACAGGCUUUCAUCGCAGAGGCUUCCGUCAUGACGCAACUGAGACACAACAACCUGGUGCAGUUGCUUGGAGUCAUCGUAGAGGAGAGGGGAAGCCUUUACAUUGUCACAGAGUACAUGGCCAAGGGCAGCUUGGUUGACUACCUGCGCUCCCGAGGACGGACCGUGCUCGGAGGGGACUGUUUACUGAAGUUUUCCCUGGAUGUGUGCGAGGCCAUGGAGUACCUGGAAGCCAACAACUUUGUCCACAGAGACCUGGCAGCACGCAACGUGCUAGUGUCAGACGACAACAUCGCCAAGGUUAGCGACUUUGGUCUCACCAAGGAGGCCUCGUCCAUACAGGACACCGCCAAGCUGCCCGUCAAGUGGACCUCGCCUGAAGCCCUGAGGGAGAAGAGGUUCUCCACCAAGUCGGACGUCUGGAGUUACGGAAUCCUACUAUGGGAGAUCUAUUCCUUUGGCCGCGUGCCUUACCCUCGAAUUCCGCUGAAAGAAGUGGUGCCCCGCGUGGAGAAAGGCUACAAGAUGGACGCCCCCGACGGCUGCCCGCCGGUGGUGUACGACCUGAUGAAGCAGUGCUGGACCCUGGACGCGGCGGUGCGGCCGUCCUUCCGUAUGCUGAGGGAGAAGCUGCAGCAUAUCCGAGCCAAAGAGCUCUACCUGUGAAGCGGUGCGCGGGCGGCGAUAAUACGGGUGGGAGGGAUUCCAAACCAAGGGACCACAGCAAGCUUUCCUCCCGGACGCGCCCCCCACUCGGCUUCUCUUAAAGGACCCACUUCCUGUUUGUGUUGUAAAGCUUUUCGCCCAGUUCGCCGCUCUUUUCCUUCCUCCUCUUCCUCUCCACCUCUGUUGAACACGGCAUUAAGUGGAGGGGAGGCUGGCCUUUUCCUCCACGUUUGUCAGGUGCUCACUCUCCACACCAACUCCUUGCAUGUCCCAUCUCGAGCCCCUUCCCUCCGCUGGCCGUGGUUUAUAGGUGUGGGGCCUUCGCUCUGUGCCAAAGUGCCUCCAGAGCUCCACAAACAAGCCACCGCUGUCUUUUUUUCUUUUUUUAAUUAUGACAUUUUUUGUUUCAGGGAGGUUAUCAAACCAGUUUUCUAGUGCCGUCUUUAUUUCUCCCAAAUUUGUUGUCAUGUCUCCAAAUAUUUUCAAGGGGUCCAGGAGUCAUGGCAGACAGGCAGAAAUAGGGGAGAGGGGGCAAGACAAGGACAAGGAGCAGCCCCUGAACGUCAUCAUACGUGGGCUAGUUUUUUUUUUUUUAUAUCAAAUAUAUUUAAAGGAUUAAAAAAAAAAAAAAAAAGACUGACUGGGACAGAGAAUUUACAAAAAAUGUAUAAGGCGGGAGGGGAACGGCAGUGCAUGCAGUGUAUGUGUGAGAGAGUGACUGUGGAUGUGUGAGAGGCCUUCGAUUCAACUGUCAGUGCUUUCAGUGUUCAUUGUUUUAUUAUGCUAUCAUGAAUAAAUCAUUCCAUCUGAGUAGAUGUUGGGAAAGUGACGUUAUCAUUGAUCCGGGUUGGAAACAUGAAAGCAUCACCCUGUGAAGUUGGCCCUCCAUCAGAUGCAAAUUUAUACAAAAUAUUAUAUCAAUAGUUUGUGCUGCUAUAUUUUUCAGAUAUUUACAAUACUUUUAUACAGUGUAUCACUAAAAUGAGUACACCCCUCG